AUGCGACUUUGGAGCUUUUUCCUGGUCUUCCACGCUCUUUGUGGCAGUCAAGAGGCUUUGACGAACGCCCAGGAGCUGCGUCUGUACCCAGCUGGACGACGGUCAAUGAAGGGACCUCCAAGAGCUUUCGACGAUGACACGCGAGCGGCAGCUCUGGCCAAUACUGUUCGAGUCAUCACCAAGGCCAAUGCCGAGCACGAAGCUGGCAGGAAGAGCUACUUUCUGGGCUACAAUGACUUGAGUGAGUUGACGGACGAGCAGUAUCGUGCUUUUCUGGGCUCUCGGCCGGAUAAGGGGUUCACGAGGAGAGAGAUGCAGCAGAAGAAGGUGGAUGAGAAGCUGAGUCGGAAGAUGAGGGACAAGAGAGGGAGGACAAGAGACAAGCGAGUGGAAGGCGACUUUGCGGAGCAUCCAGUCAGUGAUGGACGGAGUGACGAUGGAAACGAUCGUGACGCUGCUGCUGAUGAUGCUGAUGAUCGUAUUGACGUGCCGAUGGCAGUGGACUGGACGACUCAAGCUGGAGGGAAGUACAUGACCCCGAUCAAGAACCAAGGGACGUGUGGCAGCUGCUGGGCCUUUGCGGGCGUGUCCGUCGUGGAGUCAAGGUUUGCUAUUGAGCACGAUGUUCAGGCAUCGAUCUUGAGUGUCGAGCAAGUGCUGAGCUGCUCGGCCCCGCUGGAUCAUGUUCGGAGCAACUUCCAGGACAACAUGACGAGCUCGUCGGAAGGAUGUGUCGGUGGCAUGCCGUUUCUCACGUACUCCUACUUGGAUCUCGCGGUGCCGCACGGCAUUUCGUGUGAAAGCACGUAUCCGUACGUGAUGGCGACGAAUGAGACGGAGACAGAGUGUCGCUCGUUAACUGCUGCUGAGGUCGCGGUGGGUUGGGAGAAGGACGUGUCCAAGUACAAAGUGGUCGCAGCGAAUGAGCAGGCGCUACUUCGAGCUGUAACACGUGGACCCGUUACAGCCAACAUUGACGCGACUGGAAACGGGUUUCGUCAUUACGCAGGCGGGAUCUAUGAUGCUCAAGACUGUCGUAGCGAUGGCGAUGAAGUCAAUCACGCGGUUGUAGUCGUGGGCUUUGGACAGACUGCCGCGGGGGAGCAGUUCUGGAAACUCCGGAAUACGUGGGGGACGAUGUGGGGGACCGACGGCUACAUGCGCAUCACCCGCGGUAGAAACGUCAGUGAAUAUGGACCAUGCAACCUGUACCUUUACGCCGACUAUCCUGUGAACCUCACGACUGGUUCCAAUGCCACUACUGGUGAAGCUGUUUGUGCUGUGCCAUCGCCGCGCUUCAAGCCACUUUCACUGCUGCAACGAAUUGGUCUAUCGAGCAACCAGAUUGUUUUGCUGGUGCUGUCAACCGUCUUGUGUGUACUUGCCGGCGUGGCGCUGUAUCAUGGCACAGAGUUCGUGCAAAAUCGAAAGCAGGCCGCUGGAAAUGUGAGCUACAAGGACAGUUGUGCUCGCUGGGUCGUACCUUCCCGUGAUCAGCUUGCUGCAGCACUUGCUCGACACAAGAAGAGGCGCCAGGUGCCGAUGGCUAGACAAUAG